UGAAGCGCGUGAUGGUGAUGUGUGUGUGUGUGUGUGUGUGUGUGUGUGUGUGUGUGUGUGUGUACGUGCCAAUAAACGCGUCUCCUUUGUGAUAUAAGUGCGACACAGGCAGAAUGAUGCUGAAUCUACAGCGCAACUUCAGCAGGAAACUUCCUUGUAGCAGGUGAAAGAUGUAUGGAGGAUUUCUACAAAUGCUCAAGAAGAGGAAGGAGCUGAUUCCUCUGAUUGGGUUUGUUGGAUGUGCUGCACUUGGAGCAGCAACCGCUUCGAUUUACUUCUUACUGACCAAACCGGAUGUCAUUUUAAACAACACCCAGAAGCUCAUAACCAUUAACCAGCAGUGGAAACCAGUGGAGGAGCUGGAGCUGGUGAAGAAACUGACCAAGUGAUCUCCUCUGAUCUGAACUCUGUGUUUACAUGCACUGGAUUGUACUUUAAACAUGUACUGUGCCUUUAACUGUGUGUACUGGUUAUAAACUUAAAUAAAUGUAUGAUAUGAAUUAAAAA